GCGGACAAGGCGAUUGCCUAGGGCCCCCAAGCCACCAGGGCCCCCUGGGUAGCUUGGAAAAUUAAAAUUUCCUAAGUCACCCAGGGCUCCAACGAAAAAUUGAAAUCUAGGGCCCCCCCAAACAUCAUCUUGCCCUCACAAAGCUAGAAACGGCCCUGUUAUGAGAGGCAAUCAUGUAGAUACCACGAGUUUCAUAAAUCUUCCGGCUGACGAGUAACAACUGAAUAUUUAGUUUCGUCAUGUUUUACAAGGCUGCAUAAGGUAUUUUCACACGAGUCUGUUAUCAAAUUGUGAAGGUGACUUAUCAGUAAUGAUAACUACAUUAUGUGAGCUGCACUUCUUACGGGAACCUUCUUAUCAGAAAUUACACUGUCUUAUCUAUGAAAUUACGAGACACCUGUAGCAGUUGUGCUUACACAUACUUCCUCCUGCAACAGUCACAGAUCUCGCAUUGGUCAGAAGUUAAGAAUGGCAGUAAUGGUCUUGAAAGGCUGGUUGCUGUUGGCCGUUGUGGUGAUGGUGGUGGUACAGGUUGAUGUGGCGAAGGCUGCUGCGAUUCCCUGGAAGUUCCCAUCCUAUGGAACCAAGGGACAGGGACCUCCAAUAAAUGUCGGCGUUCCACACGAGAAUUUAGACCCCGCCGUUCGGUGCAUCCUUUGCCCGACCUGCCCACCGUGUCACAUGAUGGGCCCUGAUGGAAAAUGCCGGCCAAUCUUUGGCUGCAAGAUUUCGAAGUACGGUGCUGGAGCCUCAUGGAAUCUUGGAAAUAUUGACAUUCGCCUUCCGAACAAGGAGAUUGACAGUCUAAUCCCCUUGUUUCCGAACAAGAAGGUUAAUUCAACCGUCUUGAUUCCGAACAAGAAGGUUAAUUCAACCUUCUUGCUUCCGAACAAGAAGGUCAAUUCAACCUCCUUGCUUCCGAACAAGAAGGUUAAUUCAACCUCCUUGCUUCCAAACAAGAAGGUUAAUUCAACCUCCUUGCUUCCAAACAAGAAGGUUAAUUCAACCUCCUUGCAUCUGAACAAGAAGGUUAAUUCAACCUCCUUGCUUCCAAACAAGAAGGUUAAUUCAACCUCCUUGCAUCUGAACAAGAAGGUUAAUUCAACCUCCUUGCUUCCAAACAAGAAGGUUAAUUCAGUCCCCUUGCUUCUGAAAGACGAGGAUUACUAAAACAGGAACUGGACUUUCUUUUUUAAUUCAUAAAGAAACUGUGAUUUGGAA